UCUGUAUAGCAGCCUUAAAGUAUGGGUCGCGGACCUGUUAAUGGUGGGGAUCGUGUCAGAGUAAAUGUAUAAUUAUUUAAUUACUUCAUUUGGCUAAGAGCAACUGCGGUCCCUGUUCCGUGCGCUCUCUGCUUAACAGCGGUGUCUGCUCAGUUUGACAGUUGCGCGAGAAGGAGAUGCCCGUGUACUUCGCGGUUUACCAGAUAUUUUUUCUGGAGUUUUCUUGAAGAUCACUCCGCGACACACGCUGCAGCGCUGUCGUUCAACAGCAGAUGAUGCCCUGUAAGCAACUGAUUUGUCAUUCCCACUCGCCAAAUGGACUCAUGCUCGAAACAAAUUAUGACUGAGCUCAACCGUCAUGAAAAGCCAAAACACCGAUGAGUUUCUCUCUUUCAUACAAACUAUGAGAAUUAACGAGGACCUCCCUCAAAGUGUUUUGUGCGGAGAAGUGCUUAGUAAUAAGUCAAUCAAAACGAACAAAUUCAUAUAACGACACGUCCUGACCAUACAUCCACAGUAUGACGGUAUACCCAGGGAAUUCUUUCAGAACAGGACCGAAUGCUCCAGGAAACAUUGGAUGAUCAGCUUGUGUCCCUGCCCCUGGGCCUGAACAGUCAGCUGAUGGUGUUCUGCAGUGGCCAAAGGGCGGUGGUGAAGACUGCUGUGGGCAUCACGUUGACCUUUGACUGGCACAGCACGGUGCACGUCAAACUCCCCAGCCCCUACCAGGGGGCAGUCUGCGGCCUGUGUGGCAACUACAACGCCAUGCCCCAGGACGACCUCACUAUGCGGGACAGUCAUCCCGCACCUGAUGCCACCUGGCUGGGUGAGAACUGGCGGGUGGCCCUUGUGCCUGGCUGCUCCUCUGGAUGCCAUUGGACAUAAUGCCAGUCCUGCUCUGACGCAGAGAAGAACAUGUACAGCUCCCGCUGUGGCAUCAUAGCAGACAAGGCCGGCCCCUUCAAAGAGUGCCAUGGCGAUGUGGACCCCGCUCCGUACCUGGAGGACAGUUUUCGAGGCCUGUUAUAAUCAUGAUUACUAAGGGUCGGUGCGCGACGCGGUAGCAGCCUACGUCGCUGCCUGUCAGAGCAAAGGGGUGACCGUCCAUUCCUGAAGGAGCGAGUGCUUCUGUCGUGAGUCAGAGUUACUUUGUUACCUUACAUCAUAUAUAAGGUUUAGCGCACAUUUUUAUCCAAAGCCAUGUCCCCCUCGCUAAAGAAGUUUCUAACCUUGGGUCUUUUCCUGGUUAAAUAAAGGUUACUUAGUCAUGCAUGCAUACAUUUUUUGUAUGGCUGGUCCCAGGAAUCAAACCCACAAUCCUGUUACAAGCGCCAUUCUCCAACAACGGAGCCAUGAUGUAAUAAAAUUAACUGUUAACAUAUAGCUUUAAUAUUCCACAUUAUGGCUUCUACAAAUGUUUGCAUAAUUUCCAAUCUUCAAUGAAACAAAUUGUGUAUAUACUUUUUUUCACACCUAAUCGGAGUAGGUGUGCUUCUUCUUGAGCCACUCCUUUGUUGCCUUGGCCGUGUGUUUUGGGUCAUUGUCAUGCUGGAAUACCCAUCCACGACCCAUUUUCAAUGCCCUGGCUGAGGGAAGGAGGUUCUCACCCAAGAUUUGAC